UCUCCAUGGUGCAGUGGCCAUAUCUGACUUUUGUCCAAAAAGGCUGUAAAAUUAAGUAUUGAAGCCUGUCAUCAAAAAGUGCUGUGUCAGCUUUCUUUUAGAUCAGGCACACGUGAGGUCACGCCAUACUAAUCCUUUGUUAACAACAUAGUUACAGGUCUCAGUAAUUGAUUGGUGCUAUAUUUGUUUUUUUUUGUUUUUUUUUUUCAGUUUAAUGUUGUGCACCAUUCUGGUAUUAAGUAGCCUCUCUUGGACUCUAUUAUUAUUGUAAAAAUCAAAAAAAUUGUAAUUAAUUCUUUUCAUCACUAGGAGUGAGAAAGCAGUCAUAAAGCUGGGGGCUUGUGCUUAUGAAUGAUGAUGAAUUUAUCUGGAGGCUUGAAUGAUGUCUGAGCAGGAUCUGGUGGAGAUAGUCCAGAUUGCUGUGGCGGAUUUAAACCAUGAGGAAAAUGACACAGAUGUUCUGGAGAAUCAUGAUGAUGCUGAUAAGCCUGAACGGAAGCGAGCGAGGAUGGAAAGCAGUAACCAGGAUGUGACCCUCAAAGCAAUGCUAAUGUCCAUUAGCCAGGCCAUUUGCCAGAGGUUGGACAACAUGGAGGCGAAGCUGCAGGUGCUGGAGACAACAUGUCGGGCCUUGGAGGAGAAGUUUGACACUGUGAUGGGGAAAAACCCAGGGGCAAUUCAGGUGCCUAUGGUGGCUGGAUCACCCUUCGGUGCUACGCAGACGUGUGACAAACUUCCUGAUGGUUGUGUCGUCAGUGUGGUGCCACAGACCAAUGUAGUAAUGAGCAGUGAACGUCCCAAACCAAGCCAUGAAGAAUCUCUUCCUCGCACCACAGACUCACUGGAGAAUCUUCUCAGCAAUACGGUUGGCAGAGGGAAACACAAAACAAUCGUCCUGAAGGUGCCAGGGCCAGAAGAGAGUCAGGAAGAGCAGGAAAGCGGAUCAGAAGCCAGCGACACUCUGUCGAAUAGUGGUCAAUCGUCAGCGCAGAACACCAACAAUGUCACGCUCAUCACCCUUAACUCAGAAGAGGAUUACCCUGCAGGAACAUGGCUCGGGGAUGAAAAUAACCCAGAGAUGCGUGUGCGCUGUCCAGUGUCUCAAAGUGACAUGUUGCACAUCAGCAGUAACUGUCGCACACCGGAGAAGAUGGCACUCACACUGCUGGACUACCUGUUCCACCGUGAGGUGCAGGCCGUCUCUAACCUCUCCGGCCAGGGCAAGCACGGCAAGAAACAGCUGGACCCACUCAUGAUCUAUGGCAUCCGCUGUCAUCUGUUCCACAAGUUUGGCAUCACUGAGUCAGACUGGUACCGAAUCAAACAGAGCAUUGACUCAAAGUGUCGCACAGCAUGGAGACGGAAACAGCGUGGACAGAGCCUGGCGGUUAAGAGCUUCUCCCGCAGGGUACCGGCUGCCCGCACUGGCUCAGAGGGGGUCUCUGUAACAGAAACAGCAUCUUUGGAGAACUCCACACAGCAGGCUCUCCAAUACGCACUGGCUGGUGCAACUCAACAGGUUCAGAUCCACCGCAUAGGAGAAGACGGACAAGUGCAAGUAAUCCCUCAGGGACACCUCCAUAUUGCUCAGGUGCCACAGGGAGAGCAAGUGCAGAUCACGCAAGACAGUGAGGGCAACCUUCAGAUCCACCAGGUGCAUGUUGGGCAGGACGGACAGGUUUUGAGAGGGACUCAGCUCAUUGCUGUGGCCUCUGCUGAUGGGACAGGGACGGUGGAGGCAUCUCCUCUGCAGGCCAAUGACAUCCAAGUUCAAUACGUCCAACUGGGCCCUGUGACGGACCACACGGGAACUGUGCAAGCUGAGGCACUGAGCUCUGCCCUGCAAGCAGAGAUGGACGUGAAAGAGGCCAUACAGAUCCAGCAAGGUGCGAACGGUGAAGUGGUCCAGAUUCAGAUGCCUGUCAACACAGUGGGAACCUGAGACACCAGCUCGUGCACUCUCUCUCAAGCACAAGACUUUACAUACACAGAUGUAUUAAUGCGACUCUUGAGCAGUAGCACCUGUGAUUCACAGCGAGAGAGAGAGAAAGACCUGUAUGUGAAGAUGCUCAGAAUUCAAAGUUGGAGUGGACAAUCAUGGGUUAAGUCUAGAUGGAGAGCCUUAGUUUAAACAAAUCACAUAAUUCCUUUUGGCUCAGCUUGUCUAUUGGCAAUCUCCUGACAAUCACAGACUGUGAAAGUGGCCAGUCAGCUUAUUAACACAAUAGCAAUGCUGGCUCGAGUGCAGGCUUGUCAAAGCUGCAUGUGAUACAGACUGUGGCCCAGCUGAGUACAGGAUGAAGGAGUUUUUUCCCCUCUCUGCAUCUGCACUCCAUCACUGCAUCAGCUUCUCUGUGUGUGAUGAGUUUAUUUAACUACAGCUUAAAGGAGUCUGUCUAGCUGUUAGGUUUUCAGGUUCAGCUAAUCUCCUCCCAGUUACGACGAAGAUCCUAUCCCGAAAACACCGAAGCUUGCAAAUUAAGGACGUUUUGCUUUGCGUGCUUCCUCCAAGGUUCUGGAUUCCAAAUAAUCAGGAGCAUCUACCACAUACCCGACAAAAGAUUGCUUUGUGAAUACUAAUGAGUAAAUUCUUUUUUUUUUAACUUUUAUUUGUUUGCUGUCAUUAAGUAGAUUGUGGGUUGCUGUUACCUUAUGCUAAAAAUUAAUUAAACACAAAUAUUUAUGGCUCUAGAUAGGAAACAUGAAUUUGUAUUUGGCAGUAACAAUAAAACGAAACUCAUGUACAUACAUUGUAUUACAAGUAUUCACCCCUGAACUUUUCCACCUUUUGUAGUGGUACCGCCUGGAACUGAAAUGCACUUCAUUUUGAUUAUAUGUCAUGAAUCUUAGUUCUGUUGCAACCAGAUUCCAGUCACAUAAUUAACUGAAUGGAUUCCAACUGUGUACAUUACACAAAUAUCACAUGAUCUCAAUACAAAUAAACCUGCAUUGUACAUGGAA